CACAAUUCAACUUCAAUAUCACUUUUUAAAAAACCAAUAUUUUGAUAUAUUAUGACUUCUAAAUAUAUCAAAUAUACCGCGGUGCACUCGCUCAGUAUGGGUGCUGUGUAAUGCUUUUCAAGAGGUUCGUAGACCAGAGAAUUGAGUUAAUUUAAUCUGUGUAAUGCAAUUUAAUUUUAGUCGUGUCUGCUACUAGUUCAGCUGUACACCGUCCAGCGUCUUCUCUCUUAACUGAAAGACGAUUACUAAAUCGGGACAUCGGAACGAAAGGGCGGUUGAUAAAACUCUCUAGAAAUCCGAUUGUCAUCCAAGAAUUGGUAGCAUUGAUAAUAUUAUCUUAAUUGAUUUAACUUGUGUUCGAACCUACUGUCCCGGGAAGGUAUAUUGAAAUCGCGAUACAGCUUCCUUAAAACCGGGACGAAAACUGAGAUGCGUUGUAUCUAAACUGCCUGAACUCACGCUUGUUACAUCUAGAAACAGUUGCAUCAACAUUCAUUACACGACUAAAAAUCUUAUGUUUACCGGUACAAAGAUCUUUAAAAACUGUUACUACAUUUUACCAGACUCCUGGAAUGAACUAAAAUCAGAAAUGGCCGCGGUCCAGGAAUCAAAGAAAAGAAGCCGGAAGCAGUACUCGAACCAUGCAGCCAAAAAGCAGCGUGGCGGCGGCGCCAGGGAGCUAGAGGUGGGCAUGCAGGGGAUACUAAUCACCUGCAACAUGAAUCAGAGGAAGUGUACGGCAGAGGCUUACAGCCUCCUGAACGAGUACGCAGACAAGCUCUACGGGCCAGAGAAGUUCACAGAGGAGGAGGAGGAGGAGGAGAGGAACAGCGAUGAGGAAGAGAAGGAGGAGGAUGAUGACGAUGCUGAAGCUGCCUUGAAGAAGGAGGUGAAACAGAUUCGCUCGUCAACAGCAAAGAAACAGCGGAGAUUCCUGGCCAUGGAGAGCGGCGCCAACAACGUGGUCUUUGUGAGGACUCUGAAUAUAGAUCCCAAUAAGCUAGUGCACCACAUCCUCCAAGACCUGCACACAACGAAGAAAAAGAAAUCGCGCGUGAUCCUGAGGAUGCUGCCCGUGAGCGGGACCUGCAAAGCAUUUAUUGAGGAGAUGGAGAAAUACCUGGGUCCCUUCCUGGAGAGCUGGUUCAAAGCCCCUAACCAGGGCACCUUUCAGAUCGUUUUCAAAGCUCGCAACAGCAGCCACGCCAAGAGAGACGAAGUCAUUAAGGUUCUGGCAGGGUUGGUAGGAAACAUGAACCCUAAGAAUAAAGUGGACCUGACUAACCCGGAGUACACCAUCAUCGUUGAGAUCAUCAAGAACGUGUGCUGUGUGAGCGUGGUGCGGGACUACGUGCUCUUCAGAAAGUUCAACCUGCAGGAAGUGGUUAAGAAUGAUAGAGAACCAGAAGACCUGCCGUCGAGGGUGGAGAACUGCGAGGAAGGGAAGGAAGAGAGCGCCAAAGAGACUGAGAGUAAAAGCCCUUGCUCGGAAGAGUGCAGCGCGGGGACCCCCAAGCAGGAGUCCACUCCGACAGACGAUCCCAUCAAGCUGGAGUGAGGGGGGGGAGGGUUGAAGGAGACACCAAUCGUGCAUCGGGUCGCUCUGCUCCAGGCCAUCUUUGUGACGCUCAGCUAAGGUGUUGAAGGAACAGGCAUACAAAAAGAUUGCAUUGGAAGAUCUGUACCAGUGGAGUUAAAUGUAUUUUGUCUUGUUUUCAUUGUCUUAUUGCAAACGGAAAACAAAGCAAGUUUAAUGUGCAAGACUAGUUUUAAUAGAUCCCUUUAACCCCUUACGUCUGUGCUGGACGCUCACCAGGUAUGAAGCAGGGUGGUUGAGAGCCAGACGAAUGUGAUGAUGCUGUAGUAUGCAAACUUUUUUUUUUUUAAAUUUGGAAAUUCACUAAAAUGAGUGUUUUAGAAUACAAAAAAGGUUGUGUGGUGUGUUUUUUUUUUUGUUUUUUUUAAACGCUAAAUGUAAAAUCGGCUGCAAAUGGGGUUUAGUGGUGUCUUGAACAGACACUAAGGUGGUUUUUGUUUAAGCUCUAAGAUAAGUAAUGUUUGUCUUUUCUUUCCAAGUCUGUUUCCCCAGUUUGCAGAGCUCUGCUGUAAUGAACACAUUUUGACACAAGA